UUUGCCACCUGCCUCAGCAUUUUCUAUUUCUUCAAGAUAGCUAACUUCUUCCAUCCCCUUUUCCUCUGGAUGAAAUGGAGAAUUGAAAGGGUGAUUCCUGGGAUCCUGCUGGUGUGCGUGGCCUUCGCUGUGUUCAUUAGCCUUCCUGCUGCUGAGGAUUUGAAUGAUGACUUCAGGCUUUGUGUCAGGGCGAAGUGGAAAACAAACUUAACUUUGAGAUGCAGGGUAAAUAAAGCUCAAUAUGCUUCCAGCAAGGUAUAUCUCAACCUGUUCACGCUGUUCCCCUUCUCUGUGUCCCUCAUCUCAUUCCUCCUCUUGAUCCUCUCCCUAUGGAGACACAUCAGGCGGAUGCAGCUCAAUGCCACAGGGUGCAGAGACCCCAGCACAGAUGCCCACAUGGUAGCCAUGAAAGCUGUCAUCUCCUUCCUCCUACUUUUCAUUGCCUACUAUUUGUCCUUUCUCAUAGCCACCUCCAGUUACUUCAUGCCAGAGACUGAAUUAGCUGUGCUGAUUGGUGAACUGAUAGCUCUAAUCUAUCCUUCCAGCCAUUCAUUUAUAUUAAUUCUGGGGAACAAGAAAUUAAAACAAGCAUCUCUAAGGGUGCUAUAUAAAGUAACACAUACACAAAAAAGAAGAAAUUUCUAA